AAUAUCCGUUGAAUAUCCAAUAUCGAAUAUCAAACCACAUUUACGUCGGUGGUUUCACUUGAGGGUAGUGAAUAAAAACAAAUGUGUGAAUGCACUCUCAGUAAAUUAUUUCAUUUAGAAUAAGUCGGCUAUUAUUUAACUCGUAAUAAAGCAUAUGAUGAUGAAGGCACUGGCGCGAUUCUAUACUUUCUGGAACAUUCAAACAACGUUAUACUGAGAUUGAUUGAAAAGUGUUGAAAUUAACUGAAUUUCUAGACAAUUUAACACGGAAGUCUGAGCCUCAGAAUAUAAACCGCAAGAGAACUCAAAUUAACGGUAGUUGCACCAUCACCCUCUGCGCAAAUCGCCUGACGACAUGAUAGUAAUAUUGGAGGCGCUGAACAUAGGUAAGUAACCAUGCGCUCUUUCCCGGUGUUUGGUUGACUGUUUUACGUACGAGAUGUGGGCUGUUUUCUUCAGUUUUUUCCUCGCCGGCGUGAACUUUGUUUGGGGACUGGACACUCAGACCUUUGAUGGAGAAGUUCGAGACUUUGCCGUUGGUGACACCUUUGUUUAUGUUGUCACGGAUGACCGAUUAUACCAACUGAACCAUCAUUUUACCAAUGUUACGACGAGGGAAGAGCAUCAUUUUAGGGUAAACAUUUUACUGCCAUUCAUUAAAAACAAGACCCUGAUCACUUGUGGAUCCAAGACAUGCGGCUACUGUGAAAUACUGGAUCUCAACAACAUUUCUAAAUCUGUACACUUUGAGGAUAUUUUAGUUGGAUCUUCAAGUCGUAGCAGUUCGAUUGGCUUCAUUGUUGAUGUAGGCACGGAAUCCUUCAUUAUGGCAGGAAAUUCGAAGGCCGUUAACUCUGUUUCAUGUCCCGAUAAUAAGUUUUUCCUUGUCCUACGGAAUACACAAGAAGGACAAAACGGGGGAACGUUUUCAAUUUCAGAUGAUGGUUCAACUUCGUACAUUGACACCAGAAAAAAGGAGUCCUUUCAUUUUGUGGACGGCUUUCAGAUUUCUUCAUACAUCUACCUGUUCUCGAAUGUACCCGAGGAGCACAACGUUCGACUUACUUGGUUCAGGGGCACAACUGGUAAAGCAGCAACUUUAAAGUCCUUCAGAGGUGCAAAUCUUUGGUGCUGUGAUGACAUGGAGCGCCGUCGGCUCCUGUCGUCCUCCGUGAUUCCAAGCCCCUCUGUGCCCCAAGGGAAGGUGCUGUGGGCUGGUGUGUUCACGGGAAAUCACACUCUCGAUCCCGUCAACACUGUGCUGGCCGUCUUUGACAUCAGUCCUUCUGCUGAACAAACCACAGACCCAGACCUUUGCUUUGGAGACUGUCUACCGAACAAACCGACAACCAAACUUAUUGUCCUGAAACCACUGAUGGUGGUGUUUAAGUACAGCUCCAUGACAUCCGUGUUGGCAGCGAGACACAACUCCUGGAUCAUUUUCUUCAUCGGGACACAGGAUGGACAACUCAUCAAGCUUGCUGUGGAUAAAAACAACAAAGUUGCCUGUCCCAGAGUGCUCUACAAGUCAGCUGAUGACCUUCAUCUUUUUCCCAAAAUGCAUCUGGACCCAGUGGACUCCCAACAUGUGUACAUGGCACUGAGGAACGAGAUUAUGCGAGUUCCUGUGGCUCAGUGCAGUGGACACAAAGGUUUAAAGGAGUGCUGGUUGGCUCAGGACCCCUACUGUGGCUGGUGUAUGUCUGAGUCUAGGUGUUCAUUUUUGUAUGACUGCCUUCCGCCUUCUAAUUGGAUCUCCAUCCCUGAUGACUACAACCAGCAGAGAAUAGUAUCCCACCAGGUGGAGAAAGGCAGCAGUGGUGAGAAGAUCACACUUACUGCCAAGGUCCACCUGAAUGUCAUUGGGACAGAAAGUCCCUUGUUCGCCUGUAAUUUUGCCGGUGAUCUGUGUGACACGGCCAGCCCCGGCCCUGAGUUUCCACAGUGCUACUGCCUCUUCUCCAGUGGCAAACUUCCUGCUAAGGGUCUGGAUGUCAGUGUCAAGAUUCGGGUGGGGAAAGCGGCCCUUUCUGAGAAACUAAUGCUAACUAACUGCUCAGACAUCACCGGACCACCUACCUUUGACCUGUGUUCUCGGUGUAUGACAGCUGGAUGUAGCUGGAAUAAUAAUGCUUGUUCCUGGACUGGGUCUGCCAACUCAGGCCCAAUACAGGACAUCUGCAGACACAGCCAGUCGGGAAUGAACUACUCUGAGCCAGAGAUCGUGUCCAUAGAGCCCAGUGUUCUGUCCUUCCAUGGGAAGAACCAGGCCCUGAUGACCGGGAAGAACCUGGAUCAUGUGGUCAGGGUACACAUGCAGAGUCACAUCAGCUGCCUUCCCAACGAAUCUCCUGUGUGGAACCACACCGAUUCCAAUCUGACAUUCCACAUCCCCAGCGGAGACAAAGGUUCUGUCAGUGUGUGUGUCGUGCUUCCAGACGGUCGCUGUGUGGGCAAGGCCACUGUCACUUACCGGUCCUCACCAACCUGUACUGGUUUAUCACCAGCUAACACAUGGGCCAGUGGGAACAGGAGAAUCAGUAUCCUGGGGUCCCACCUGGAAUUUGUGGAAGGGGUUGUUCAUGCCGGUCAGAUCAUCACCACACACUACAGCUCUGGGGAACUAUGGUACCACACACCUCCUUAUGGCGUGGAAGAGGACUUGCCAGUCACCACCAGCGUGUCUCUGAGAGUGGCCAACCAGACAUUGGCCUGCGCCUCACAGCUCACCUACCACCACGACCCACAAUUCACCAGCUUCACCACAACCAGGACGGGGAACGACCUGCGGGUCACUAUUGAGAAAAAAACUGACAAGUUCAACAUAACCCCGUCAGAGAUCUCAGUGCUGGGUGUUCUGGGAGACAACCAGUAUGUAGAAUGUGUCAUGGAGAUCAUUGAGACGAGGAACGGGACUGACUCUGUCAUCUGUAAGAUUAAGAACACUCCUAACGUCAACAUCUUGUCACUGGAGAUAAGAAUAGGACAUUUCACAAUAAACCUUAAGCCACCAACUACAUCCUUCCUGCAAGUCAUCCUUGUUGUCAUUACCAUCAUCAUCAUCAUCAUCAUCAUCAUCUCAGGUGUUGUUUGGUAUUUUUACAGUAAACAGAGGAAAAUGGCGGCACUACUGGACAGGCAGCUGGAAGAGCUGGAGUGUGACUUCAGAAAUGACGCUGGGCAAGGUUGAUCUUCGUAGUCGUGGUUGUGGUUGUGUGCACUGAACCAGACUGGGAGACUGAAGGCUCCGGGAGUUCAUUAGCUGAUUACAUCUCUUCUCAUGACGACAUUUCUGUAUUCAAAUGGAUUUAUUCUAAUAUUUUGAGAUACCGGGUUUUUGAUUUCCAUGGGCUGUAAGCCGUAAUGAUCAAGAUCGAAACAAACGUUUUGAAAUGUUUCACUUUGUGUAAUGAUUCUAGAAUAUUUGAAGGUGUCACUUUUUCAUUUGAAUUUCCACAAUUUUCUAAUUCUUUGAGAUGCCCCUGUAGCUUAUUUCACUUUUACAUAAACAAUGUGAUUUAUUGCUUUGACCUUUGAGCUUUAAGGGGUGUGACCGCGGUCAGGGGGUUAUGGAAAAUAUAUUCAAGACUGUGUCAAAGGUUAAAAUGGUUAAUUUCUGGAGACCACAGGUGUCUUUAAGAGAGGGGUUGCCCAGGAUGUAUAUCUUGUCUAUGGUUAAUACAAAUGUUUUAUGUAUAUGAUUAAUAGAUGUGUAUGUCUGGAGAUUUUUGAGAUGCUUUCUCAGGGGGACAGGAGGGGAAUGCAUCUCAAAACUCAACAGAGGUAUUGGAGUGGUUGAAAGAUGAGUUUUAAUGACUUCAACCUAAGUGUAUGUAAACUUCCAAUUUAAACUGUAUGUUCAUAUGAAUGAGGGCUUGGAAUGCAGAAACAUGUUACAAAUGUCCCAAGAACAUAAGAGAUCCUGUGUCCUAGGAUGGUCCAGCAUUCUAAGCCACUGCAAAUGCUGUUGUAAUGUGGGUUCAAACGUGUAUGUAACAGUAUUAGUAGUAUAGUAUGUACUAUACAGUAUUAGUAGUAUAGUAUGUCCGAUACAGUAUUAGUAGUAUAGUAUGUACAAUACAGUAUUAGUAGUAUAGUAUGUACGAAACAGCAUUAGUAGUAUAGUAUGUAUGAAACAGCAUUAGUAGUAUAGUAGGUAUGAAACAGCAUUAGUAGUAUAGUAGGUAUGAAACAGCAUUAGUAGUAUAGUAUGUAUGAAACAGCAUUAGUAGUCUAGUACGUAGGAUACAGUAUUUGUAGUAUAGUAUGUAGGAUACAGUAUUAGUAGUCUAGUAUGUAGGAUACAGCAUUAGUAGUCUAGUAUGUAGGAUACAGCAUUAGUAGUAUAGUAUGUAUGAUACAGUAUUAGUAGUAUAGUAUGUAUGGAACAGCAUUAGUAGUCUAGUAUGUAGGAUACAGUAUUAGUAGUAUAGUAUGUAGGAUACAGCAUUAGUAGUCUAGUAUGUAGGAUAUAGCAUUAGUAGUCUAGUAUGUAGGAUACAGCAUUAGUAGUAUAGUAUGUAUGAUACAGUAUUAGUAGUAUAGUAUGUAUGGAACAGCAUUAGUAGUCUAGUAUGUAUGAUACAGUAUUAGUAGUCUAGUAUGUAGGAUACAGCAUUAGUAGUAUAGUAUGUAUGAUACAGCAUUAGUAGUCUAGUAUUUAUGAUACAGUAUUAGUAGUCUAGUAUUUAUGAUACAGUAUUAGUAGUCUAGUAUGUAUAAAACAGUGUUAGUAGUCUAGUAUGUAUGAAACAGUAUUAGUAGUAUAGUAUGUACAAUACAAUAUUAGUUGUCUAGUAUGUAUAAAACAAUGUUCUUGUGUGCAGAGACAACUUUUUUGGAAAUGGGGUUGUAGUAUGUAUGAUACUGUAUUAGUAAUGUGUAAAGUAUACUCUACAGAGAAACAGAGACAAGCAUUAGACACGGAUGCUUUGCUUUAUCAGAUGAUGAUAUCAAAUGCACCGAUGCUGUAACUGGACCUAUUCUAGUACUAAUAUAUCAUGUACUGCAACUGGACUUAUACCAUAAUCACAUAUAAUAUAAAUGGACCUACACCAUCAUUUUUUUUAUGUCUCUUGUGUUGUAAAUGUUUUCUUUAUGGAAUAAGAAAGGGGAGAUUCUAAAGGAAGAAAGUAUCCCAUUCAAGGCCUGACAGCAAGGAGAGAAUCUCUUAGUGAGCUCUUAAACUUGACAACACAGCAAUGGGAAAACCACUUCUCAGAGAUCCUGUUUUACACCUCACCUCACAUGAACUACACACACACACACACACACAUACACACUAACUGAAAGUCACCUGUAUUCUUUCUAACAGUAAUACACGACAUGAAUGACAUCCGCAAAACAAAUACAGGAAUUAGAUGCACAAAUUGAAACGGACACAUUGAAGCUCUUCAUUUUCUAGAUUUUGUAGAUGGCUCCAUUAUUUGUGCUGUGAAUCAGUCGGUUACCUGCAGCCCAGAUGUGAUAUGAUUUCUAUGAAGAUUGCAAUUCUGUGUGUGUGUUCCCACCCAGCAGUUACUCCAAUCCAUGUUCUCUCCUUAAUAAACUGCCCCAGCUGGACA